AUGGCUUCCUUCGUCCCGAGUCUACGGACGCGAAUUCCACAAGUCUCAAUCUAUGGUACGCGGACAGCCACACGAUCCUUGACCUCCUCAACCCGUCUUCUGCGACAAGGACCUGGUACUGGCGAGAACUUCGAGCAGGCCAACGAUCCUUCCGGCCCAAAACUGACCCCAAACGUGUCCAAAACGAAUGAGACACCGGUGGACGCAAUGGGCGCGAGAGAUGCGCCACUUCAAGAGCUCGUACCUGAAGCAGAACGUAAACGACAGAUGCAGAGCCCGAACAGGGCGAGUACAUGGUCAAAGAGUCAGAUGCCUAGAGCUUUAGCAAUGACAGGCCCAAGAUUUGAGCAGACAAUUAUAGAUGCACAGCCUGCACCAUAUGCCGCAAUCGAUCUUAUUCACCAGCAGCCGGUUCGCUGGGUCGAAGGUCGGAGUGUGGCCUGUGAUGGUGGCGGUGGUCCAUUGGGACAUCCAAGAAUCUUUAUCAACGUGGACAAACCACAGAUUUGCUGGUGCACGUAUUGUGGCCUCCCAUAUGCUCAAAAAGCACACAAGAAGCAUCUCGAAUCUCUUCCAUCAACUACAUACCCGCUUGCUCCAUCAAAUAUUCCGGCACAAGUUCAGGUGCCCACCACUCUCUCUCUGGAUGGUGAGAUUGAAGGCCAUUAUCCUCAACUAAAAGCAGAGCAGGAUGCAGAAAGCGUAGAUGGGCAACCCUUUCAACAAAGAUGA